UCAAGUGGGUCAGGGUCUGUCUAGCUCCGAACCGGGGACCGCCACCAUCAUCAAUAGAAACCUCUUUUGCUCAAGAUCUCACGCGGAACAAACACAAGGACUUCAGACAACAGGGAUCCGAACGAAAUGGGGAUCCGGCGAAACAAGGGCCGGUGGACCCACGAGGAGCACGCGGUGUUUCUUCGAGGCGUGGAGUUGUUCAAGCGCAGCGACUUGGAGGCCGUUGCGUCCAUGCUGCCCACUCGCACCAUUCUGCAGGUCAGGACCCACGCCCAGAAGUACUUCGACAAGGUCGACAAGGGCGAGCCGUUCCCCACCGAGCCCUACCCCAGUCAGUAUGAUCGUGCGGCGGGAAGAGCUGGGGUCGCCGCAGGCGCCUACAUGUACAGCGCGCCGAAGCACGAGCCGCAGCAGAAGCAAGACCUACACCAUCUCCGCCGCCACCAGUUACGGGAGCAGCAGCACGCGGCGGGUUCUGCCGAAGCGUCGGGGCCACGACGGCUGCUCCUGGUGUCGCACAGCGAGGAGCAACAGCGAACGGCCGCGGCAGCAAAGCCUGCGGGACCCCCGAACGGCGGCGGCACGGGGGGAAAGUCCAUGGGGCUGCCUCUCGUCGCUGCUUGUACUCAGGCGUACGGCGACACGAGCGACACCAACAACGUAAUAGCCGGUGAUAACAGCGGCGGUGGCGUCCGCGUAAGCGGCGGCUCGUCGGGCCAGUCAUUGUUUCCGAACUGGAGUAACUCCGCUGGUGCAGCAGCUUGUGCUCCUGGUUGGUUAAACGGCAACAACUGUGACCCCGUCGGUGCGGCGCCGAUGCCGAUGCCGGUGGCGCCUGAUCUAAACCACGGCAGGGGUUUCGACGGCAGUAACAUCAAGCUCAACAGCGUGGCCUUCUGUCCAUCUGCGCGCUUCCUGGACGAGUUGCAAGGCAGCGAUGGUGACCCUGGGAAUCGCUUCGCGUAUGAUGAAAGCUGUCGGCAGCCUCAGUUUGACUUUGGCGCGAUGGCCAUGGGCAACGACAACAGCAUCCACGACGACAUGAUAGGUGCGGGGCAGUUUGAGCUGCUUGAACAGCAGCACCAGCACCAGCACCAGCACCAGCACCAGCACCAGCACCAGCACCAGCAGCACCAGCACCAGCACCAGCAGCGCCUGCAACACCAACUCGACGGUCAGUACCAGCAACAUGAGUUUCAGAGGUUCGGGAGAUUUGGCGCCGCCGCAGACCCCACUGUCGUGCAAGAACGGACCCACCACCACCAGCAGGAGCAGGAGGAGGACUUCCCAGUCGACGGAUGGGUGGGCAUGCCGUUGGACGUGCUUUUGCUGCACGGCGAUUCCGGUGAUGGCGGCAGCGUCGCCGACGGCGACGGGGCCUGUGUGAAUAUCGAUCUCGAGGUCGAUACGGUCAACGGCUUCGGCUUGCUGUAAGUUUCGUGGCAUCACUUCCUGGAUGGAUGGGGAUAUCCAAUGGAAUCGGAUCUUACGGCCCCAGCCACGGUGAACGGUAUUGGUGCUCGUUAGACAGUAUUGGUGCUUGGAAAGACAAUAUUGGUACUUGGAAGACAGUAUUGGUGCUUGAAAGACAGUGUUGGUCCUUGUCAAUAGGCGCACAAGUUUCGGGUAAGGAAGUUCACAUGAGUAGCNGGGGGGGGGGGGGGGGGGGGGGGGGGGGGGGGGGGGGGGGGGGGGGGGGGGGGGGGUCACGCUUUGUUUGUUUGUGCGACUCAGUCGUGUGGUGAAGUGCUGUGGCGUGGUUUGUUUUCGGGGACAGUGCUUGUGGUGUUGUUGUGGUGGGUGUGCAUGCCCUUUGUUCUACGGGUGAGGUGGUGGCGUUUUUUGCGCCGGUUUUUGGUGCAUUGAAGACGGCUUGGAAUCACCACGUCGCCCGUUGAAAGAACAAACUGGCUGCCCUUGUUGACGUUUUUGAUGGUGUACGUGCGCACCCCCAGGAAUCCCGGUGUUGUUUCCCAAAGGUUGUUUCGUACAACGUUUUUUUUCGCGAUUUCACAACUCGUCGGUGUUUAUGCUAUUUUCUAUGAUCUAGUCUAUCUUUCAAUAUUUUUUUCUUUUUGAUGUUCGGUGAUCCCGCGGUCGCUGGUGUUGGAAUUCUUUUGCUUUGGCUGAGGUAGUUUCCAUGUCACAAAAAUGUGCUAAUCUCUCCGUGUUGUUCACACCGUUUACUUUGCUUUCCUGCGUUUGUGACCGCCCCUCAGGUGGUUCUCUAGAUUUUCUGUUCUUGUGCGUGCCAUACAGUAUGUAUGUCUUUGCAUGGACCGUUUUAUUUUGGUGUUGGACAAACAUCCUAUCAGGUUUCCAUUUGUCGUCGUGCUCAUAGUGGUUCUCGGCGUGUAUUUUUGUUCUUUCGGCUUGUAUUCGAAACACAUCUAUCUGUCUUGCGGGAAACGCAUGCCUCUUGCCUCAGGCGUUAAGCUUUGCCAAUUGCGAUCCGUGGUUUUAGUUUAGUCUUGAGUAGUCUGGUUAAGUACUGGGCUCUAACGUUUGUCGUCCGGGGAGCCCGGGGUAUAUUGGUUGUUGAAUCGCACAACGGCGUUAAGUUGCAGCAUCACCGACGUCGGAUUGUCGAUUGAUCGUGAGCAGAUCUUGGCUUAUUGCGCGUGUCAUUAAACUUUGGAUAGUCCCCCAUAUUGUGAUGACGCCGUCUGCGAGACGGAGCCCCGGUGCUUGCGUGUGUUGUGUGUUGUGUUUUCGUCCUAUUUACUAUGGCGACAGUCCCCCCAUUUUUCGUGGUGAGACGUGUACUACACUUUUCAGCGUCUGUAGAUUGCUACACUUUUCAGUGUAUUUUUUCGUACUACAACCAUCCAGGGUCACACAGGAAGGGGUAAACACCAGGGCUUUUUUCUUCUUUUUAUUUCUUUUCAUGCCCCACCUUCCGCCUGCGGUGCGUGCUGAUUUUUGUUUAUCGCGAGAAGGGUCCAGCCGUCCCUUUCCCUCGUUUACGGUGCUAACGUCGAAGGUUGUCACUCACGAGAGCAUUUCAGCUAUAUUUCGCGUUCACCCGCACAAUUCGUAAAAUUUUCAUCCCGUAGGGAUUCGAACCCACGACCUCUGCGACUAUCGGUUUACGAAGAUACCACAAGACCACCGGGGCCACCGGCACUGGUGCGUGCGUGUAUGAAAUGUCAGAGUUACGCCUUUGCUAGUAGUAGUAUGUUCGACCUGUUGUGCUUCAAACCGUCCAUGAUGUGCUGAAUAUUGUUGGUCUGGGUGCGCUUGGAUACGUCCUGCCACCACACACACACCCCUCCCGUCGUUGAUAAAGCAGUUGUCCAAUACAAGUGGGAACUCUAGGGGGGGUGUCAGGGAGUAACGGAGUUUUGUUGAGUUGGCGACUAACGCUUUUGGCCUUUUGAUCUAGUCGAGUCUGGUUUCGUUACCCACCGCAGACAACACUACGAGUUUUUUACUUUUUUGCUCCAGUGGGUCACUGUCGGGCACGUGUGAUGGUGUUUUUAUUUAUUUGUUUGGUACAGCAGGUGGUGUUUCUGUUUUUCGGUGCGUUGCGUGCUCUCAUUAGCGUUUCGUUCAAGACGAAAAAAUUCACGUCGUAGGAGGUGGAUGGAUUCGCGGGGUGUGUAGUUACGCAGGUUUAUAUGCACAGGCGCGCAUGCAUGAGAUGUGUUUUGUGUGAUGGUGCUUGUGGGGUAAGGUUAAUGCAUGUACCAUGAAGUAGGCGAAAGUACGAUCAAGGCUGAGAGUGUUCGCGACGACGGGUGACCCCGCACUUGCAAGGAGUGGGGUUUGGGUCUUUAGAACGGCGGGCAGGCAUGUCUACAUUUACCUGCAGACGAAGGAGGGCACCGAAGGCAUACACCAUGUUGCCCGGCACCUCAGACAAGGGGAGGUCGCUUGCUGGUCAGAAGCGGCGCGGCGGGGGAUGUAGGUUGAUGGUGUGUCCAGUAUCGCACCGACCGUUCGAGAAAAGAGCCCUCGGACACAUGUGUGUGUCCCGUUCUGUGGCACAGUAGAGCCUAUUUUUUUGGCACGAGGUUCGUUUUUGGUCUAUCGUCUUUUUUAGGGUGAGAUUCUUCAUUGGGCGUACCGGUUGCUAGUCUUCUUUGUAGACUAUGCAUGUUCGAACCCGCCUUACUCAUUAACGGUGCGGCAAAACUAAACGGUAAGUUGCGGUGUGCAGCAGGCGGUGUGGCAGAAUGUGGGACGAAUGACGUGAGAUGACCUCCUCUUUCGCGUGGUCGGAGAGGUGUUGCUCAGUGGCUUGCGACGUGUUUGUGGGAGUGUUCGGCGUCUUGAUUUGCCGCGUUUUGGAGUGGCCUCGUGGUGGUGCGCGUGGGAGAAGUGCUGCUGCUGCUGCUGCCUAUGACGGAGAGCAUCAUCAAACGAUAGACUUGCGUGGUUGAUUCUGUGUUUAUUGUUGUGUUUCAGUGUUGGUUGACAUUAACAAAGAAAAUACUUUCUCGCACGCCCCCGGAUGGUACGAGAGGGAGGAGUGGACGCGGUCGAGGAAAAUCACGACAAUAAUAUGUAACGUCAAACAGAAUUUCCUCAGCUUGGUUCAGAGUCGAGCUGGUUAUUUUCAGACUAAAUUUUAUGGGAAAUGGACACAAGUGGGUACCAUUCUCGGAAAAAAAUGGGUACUCGAAAAUCCAGCGCGCGCGCACUCCAUAUGCGGCCCCCAAACGACUCAAAACCCCAUUCUGACACCUGGGCGACACAGACAGCCAGGGACCAUGCACAGCACGGGCAUCGAGGUUUUCCCACUUUCAGGCACACCUUCGGCCCUGAUACCGCCGACGCGCGCAAGGCCUCACUCACCAGAGUGCCCACUUCUGUCCGAUAUCGCAGUGGGUAUAUAUACCCACCGGCGUUAACUAUUUUUUCAUGUACGUACCCACUAAUGUCUCCAUUUUGACCCACUUUUUUGUCCGAAUUGUACCCACAUUUGUCCACUUACGGACGGCGGAAAUCGAGCGGAAAUCGACCUCCACGUCACCGCGCGGCAGAACAUCGAAUAGCCUCGGAGCGUCUCAGAACCUCCCAACACCGUAUCCAUGGCAUCUUUCGUAUCCAUGACUGCCGACUGCGGACCGACCGCGGAGGAACAUGUCAGACGCAUGCCAGGCCCCUUGGGUACCGGCACGGGAGGAUACCAGGCACGACGGGAAGAUGCCAGCGGCAAGACCGGCAAGCAGCGCACUAACGCGGCAAACGCCACAAACAAAUGCGUUACACACAACGGACAACAAAACCAACGGGUCGCGCAUACAGAACAAAAAGACGCGCAUACAGCAACAACACGCAUAUUUGUUGUGCGGUAUGCCAAUAUGGGAAUAUGCGGCCUACAGCAGUAUAGGCCCACAUUCGAUUCCUCCUGCACCUAAACUACUAGCUUGUGCUUGGAAGUUCUUCGUAUGCAUGCAAAGUAUGAAACUAUGUGUAUGCCAACUCUGAUGGUACUCCGGAGUACGCAAUGUGCGGCCUAUUUCUUCCUUAUCCCGCCAUCCAUAACGCAGCAGCGAACGAACGUAGCGUAGCGAACGGUAUCCUUUUCGGUCUCUUGUUCGGUUAGGUUUUUAGGGGAUAUCAAGCCGGAUUUUCACGUCGUAUAUACAGCAGUAUGAAUGUUGUGCAUAUGAAUAUCCUAUUAAUAUGACGUUACGUUGCAAACUGCAUCAACGUGCUACUGCUGCCGUGACAAGUCGGUGUGCACUCGUCGUAGUGGUGGUUGGUGUUUUUGUGUGUGUGUGUUGUUGCUUGCGCGUCUUUUGUUCUGUAUGCGCGACCCGUUGGUUUUGUUGUCCGUUGUGUGUAACGCAUUUGUUUGUGGCGUUUGCCGUUAGUGCGCUGCUUGCCGGUCUUGCCGCUGGCAUCUUCCCGUCGUGCCUGGUAUCCUCCCGUGCCGGUACCCAAGGGGCCUGGCAUGCGUCUGACAUGUUCCUCCGCGGUCGGUCCGCAGUCGGCAGUCAUGGAUACGAAAGAUGCCAUGGAUACGGUGUUGGGAGGUUCUGAGACGCUCCGAGGCUAUUCGAUGUUCUGCCGCGCGGUGACGUGGAGGUCGAUUUCCGCUCGAUUUCCGCCGUCCG